AUGAGGAGACCCGCCCAGAGGAUCUUAAAGUCAUCAGCCCCUUACUCCAUUCAAGAUGCAUGCUUUGGGAGCCUUUUGUUAGAAGGGCAAGACCUCAGUAUGGCCAACCCCACCGUUCCUCCAUCGCCCGACACGUACGAGAGUAAGUUCAUUGCUCGAAAACGAUGGCCCGCUGAGUCAAUUUUGGAUACGACACACGGUCUCCCAAUGUUUCUUCUCCCAAAAUAUGAAGAUAUUAUCAUCCCAGAGCAGUCAGAAUAUCCGCCUAUUCUUUGGGACUUCUACACCAAUAUAACACGACCGGAUGCACUAUAUGAUAACGUAGGGGACUCUCAUGUAUUCUCCUCACGCGCGAUGUUGAUGGAACAAAACGAAAGCAGCAGUCCCAGUCCGAUGCAAAGUAUACAACCAGAGUACCUGGAAGACUGUGACACUGAGGGAGAGCCAGAUCCUUGGUACGCGAGCUUCCAGUUCGUCAACCCUCCAGACAACAGGCUGAACGGUCCUUCCGCAGAUUUCUCUGACCUACCUUCCAUUCCUCGAGCGCUAUAUGCCUAUGGUGUUAAGAGAGAUACAAGGCUACGGGAAUAAGCUCAAACGAUCGCCGGCCAUGCCCAUUAUGCUCUGGCGAUUUCCAUAAAUCGAGAUCAACGUCAUCGUCGAAGGAACACGAUUGGAGGCAUCUCCAGCAGGUACAUCUCAAGAACGAUGCAAUCUCGUACAUUGCAAGAAGCCAGCCAACUCGCGAAGAGCAUAGCGAGAUAAGGGCUUUCUACUGGGUGUACGGCGAACAUCGAUCGGAUGAACCAAUCAUCAGCACGAUCGAGGAAAGCAAGGUGCAUUACCCUAGGUUGAUGGCAUGACUUGAAUCUUUCGCCCCCCGGUGGGGCCAUUUUAUCUGUCCAUCAUGCGACGCGCCCAUAGGGCGCGAUCGGGCCAAGGAUCGCCACCCUUCCGGCCAUUGUAACGGGAGAGGCUCAGCUCCGCCUCCUCCAUAACUUACGCCAUGGCCCCUGCACCCUAUGGAACUCGAUGGACAAACUGCCAAACGUCCCCGCCCCUCUCCAACCCUCGAUGGUGACGGU